UACACAAAUAUCAGUUGUAUUUCAAAAUUUGUGUAGGCCCUUGUGUUAAUCCACAUAAACCCUAAACAAUUGUUCUUACACCACUUGUAAUCACCGAAAUCAUAAUAAGCAGAUGAUGAUUUCAGUUAAACAAGAUUAUGGGUUGUUUAACAGCUUCAAUUUAGUUGAUUGUCGGAACAUGAGCAGCUAUCUUUACACGGGCAAGUCUCAUAUUUCAUUACCGAUCACAACUCCAAUAACCUCUUCUAUAUCUACGGCGGCUUUAAUUUCCGUCAACCUUAAUUCCUGUUUCUCCGUUCAGCCAUACCACACUCUUUCGGAUCAUAAACCUCAGAAAAGACAUAACAUCUCCACUCCAGCAAGAACUCAAUAUAUUAAGAGGGAUUCAACCCUCUUAGCCUGCAUUGAUAUAGAAGAAACUUCCAUAAGUGCCAUAGAACGAAUGACAGAGUCCUUGAUGCCUGCUAGAUCAGUGAAAUGCGGUGCAGCCACCCUGAAAAAGGAUGCAGAGGAGACUGGAGUAUCAGCCAUGAAUCCCAAGCGAAAGACAGCAAAUCAAAGAAACUCAGCAAUUCCUUUUAUUGUUGCUCCUCUGAAGAACUCGCUUGAUCAGUAUCAGGUACUCAUGUAUCCACUUGUUACUGAAUCUGCGAUGAAGAACAUGAUAGAAAACAAUACAUUGGUGUUUCUGGUGGAUGUACGUUCGAACAAAGCAAAUAUAAAGGAUGCUUUUGAGAUGAUUUGCAAAAUUAGGACCAGAAAAGUUAAUACAUUAACCACCUUUGCUGGUACCAAGAAGGCAUUCAUUAAAUUAGGGCCUGAGUAUAACGCAAUUGAUGUGGCAAAGAAGUUUAAGUUUAUCUAAUUCGAGAGAAAAUGGUACUCAGGGGAGUCAGGUAUGUUGUUUGUCCUUACGUGUCCUUUUACUAUUGUCUUGGAUACUGCUGGUAUUGUAAUUCCUCAGCAGUCGACAAAGUGGUCCUUCUGUAGGAAAUACAGCAUAUGUAUCUGUGCAAGAAGACAAUGUUGUCCUUAUUCAGACUUAUCAUUGUAAUUGUUAAUCAGAUGAGGUCUAGUUUUAGACAGAAAAUGGAAAUAAUAUACAAUGUACUCUCUGUGCAUUAGCGAA